AUGGGUCUCUAUGGGAUACGUCAGGAUUUGCCUUGUCAUAACUCUGCAUCUCUCACGGGGAACACUCCUGGGCUGGAAGGUGUUAGGGAGCCAACUAAUGGUGGCCAUGCCUCCGGGGCCGCCCACUUGUACACCGGAGUAGCAGUGUGCACCCCAGUUCUGUCGCUGGCUGGGAGUGGCACCAUUCUGCUAGCAGCCAUUGGUGUGAAGAAAGGGAAGCGCAGGAUCAGGACAACAUUCACUACAGAGCAACUCCAAGAACUCGAGAGAAUCUUUCAAGUUACACACUAUCCAGAUGUCCACAUCCGCAACCAACUGGCUGCAAAGAUCAACCUCCCAGAAGCCAGGAUCCAGAUCUGGUUCCAGAACCAGCGGGCAAAGUGGAGGAAACAUGAAAAGUUUGGCAGUUUUGGUGGCCUUCAGCAUGUUACUGAGGUUGAUUUUAUUCCAGCCCCAAAGUCAGACAUAACCGAUCCCUGCCUGAUACCCAGCAACAUAUUUGAUACACGUUUCACUGGGAGGUAUUACACAUCAAGCUCAGGGCAUUCUAUGUUUAUCUGGCCACCAAACAUGGUACCUGUUCACAUGGACCCUGUAGCAUCCUCUAAGCCUUAUCUGCUCUUUGACUGCCUCCCACCAUACACCCUCCCUUCUCUGCCCCUGAAGGAAGCCUGGAGCCACAUCUGUGCCAAUUUCACAUAGAGGAGUAUGAAAUGCUUGGAGGCAAUGCUGUGGUUUUCUAAGCAGACACAUCAUCAUCAGUGAGAAAAUGUGACACAGUGGCUAAAAAUCUGUAUGUGGAUGAC